AUGUCUUUGCAUCUUCAUCUCCCGAACCAACAAUUGGUCAGAUUCUCAGAUAAUGAUUCAAUGAUUGAUAUUGUGGAUAGGGAGAAAGAUAAGAGUUCAAUGUUGACUGCAUUUUUUAACAUGAAUAAAAUGGAUGAGAUUGUGAGGCAAUAUCUAUAUAAAGAAUUCCCAAGAUACUUUACAUGGAGUUCAACCAAACGUUGUUGGAAGCAAAGGAAAAAAGGAGCAAUGAGAGGCCGAUCGGUUUCUGCUAACCCUACCGAAGGAGAGAGAUACUACCUACAGACCGAUGAUAACCUAUCUCAAUGUCUUACUGAGGCUUCAUUAUAUCAAUUUCUAGGUGCUGUUAGAAGGUUAUUUGCAACUGUACUCAUUUAUUGCGAACCCGGAGAUGUUCGCAAGUUAUGGGAUGACCACUAUAAUUCACUUUCUGAAGAUUAUAUGCGACAAUGUGAAAGUGUUGAGCGAGUUCAAACCAUGGUUCUUAUGGAUAUCUCUAUAAUUUUGCAAUCUAUGGCGGAGUACUCCAUUGUUGUGGAUGAUGAACACCUUCGUGCAAAAGAUUCUCUCAAUACCGACCAAAAAAAUGCAUAUGAUGAGAUCAUGACCCACGUUAAUCAGAAUCGUCCGGGUGUGUUUUUUAUAGAUGGUCCUGGUGGAACUGGAAAAACAUUUUUGUACAAAGCUUUACUUGCCGAGGUUCGUUCCCAUGGUCAUAUUGCACUUGCGACAGCUUCAUCUGGUGCUGCAGCUAAUAAUAUGCCCAUGGGGAGAACAUCUCACUUGGCCAAAAUAACUCAAUGUGCAAAAUCAAUCAGCAAAGCAAGUAGUAGAGGCGGUGGAUCGAAUGAUGCAAGACAUUACAAAGGUGAGCCUCCCUUUUGGUGGAAACAUAAUGAUCUUGGGAGGUUUUGUGGAGAGGAGCGGAUUUACUAUAGUUUUGAUGAGGCAGAAGAUGAUAAGAACAAUGUCUAUCCGAUGGAAUUCUUAAACUCUAUAGAUGUCAGUGGUUUACCUCCUCAUUACCUUCGACUCAAAACUGGAUGCCCUAUAAUACUAAUCCGUCUUUGUCCAUCCGAUGAUGACAUGUUUCCAUUCAAAUUGAAAAGAAAACAGUUUCCAAUUCAGCUUAGCUUUGCUAUGACAAUUAAUAAAGCUCAAGGCCAAACAAUUCCAAACGUUGAUGUUUAUCUACCAGAGUCAGUAUUCUCGCAUGGACAACUUUAUGUGGCGCUUUCCAGAGGGAUAUCCCGUGAGAAUACAAAGGUCUUAGUGAAACCAAUUUCAGGGGAGAGGAAUUUACACAUCAAGUAUGGUGUAUCAAGAAGUUUUGCGUGA